AUGACUCGUGAAUCAAUAGUAAGCAGUUACAAUACUGAAGAUGCAUUGGGGGACAGGCCAUUGGAAUUAGUUCAACCUACUAAUCAUGUCCACGAACACACAAUACAUCAUCAAAUAUUAGAGUUAAAAAAGCAACAACAGCUUCAACAACAAUAUUUAUUGGAACAAUUCCAAGCUCAACAACAACAGUUAGCCGAGCAACACGAACAACAACUCCGGCAACAUCUUAAAGAUUUAUGGGAAAAAAAACGGGAAAUUGAAGAAAAAGAACAGCGUGAAAAAAAGGAAGAAGAAAAAUUGGAAACCAUAAAAAAAAAAGAAAAACAUGAACAAAGUGCUAUUGCGUCAUCCGAAGUUAAACAAAUUUUACAGGGGUUUCUGCUGAGUAAAAAACAUCGAGAAGCAGCAUCAAGCAGCUCUAUACAAUCACAACAAUCAUACCAUAGUUGGGGUAUCUUACAAUCUCAGCAGUCGGAACCAAACGUAAUGCCUAGUAGCUUAAGUCCAUCAUCUAGUGGGUCAAAUAUUACACCGUAUAGAUUUGUUGGGCGGUACGAAGAUGAUUUUCCUCUUAGAAAAACAGCGUCCGAACCGAAUUUGCUCAAAAUCAGAUUGAAACAGCGCAUGUUCGACAGACGUAACAAUCCAAUCGCACGGCCCAAAGAAAGAUUCGGCAACAGAGUGUCUAAGCUCGCAAUAGAGACAUCGCCGUCGGGUAGCACCCCCGGUUCUGGACCUAAUUCUCCUCCUAUACUCAUACCAAAUUGUCGAAACUCACCUUCAACUGGAGCCACAACUCCAAUUAAAGAAGAAGGAGAAAUUUCAUUUGGACAUAUGUCUAAUAAUAAAUCAGACCAAAGCAGUAGUGUUGCUGAUAUAUCUGCAUUAUAUACAAGUCCUUCAAUGCCUAAUAUAUCACUAGGUAGACCACCAUCAAAUUCGGACGGAUCAAAAUUAUCUUCUGUUUCGGAAGCUGAAGUUCGUGCCGCGUUUACUGCAAGAUUAGGUGCACCACUUACUGGUCAAAUGUUGUCAAGUACAUUGCCAUAUUAUCCUACGCUUCCAGUAAUGGAUAAAUCUCAAAGUUUCAUUCAAAAACAAAUGCGAAGUCUCGAGUCCAGACAAACUACUACUAUUCCAUCAUUUCAUCCUGCACCUAUUACUGACACUCAAGUGGCACAUGCUAGGUUGAAUAAAGCUGGGCACAGACCACUGGGUCGUACGCAGUCAGCACCGCUACCUCUUGGGCAUCCAAUGUUGAACAGCACUAUACCAGGUCAACAACUAAGUGUUCAUUAUGAAGAUUACGAAUUACCACUUCAACAACUUAGCACACAUUAUUUGAAACAACAAAUUCGUCAUACUGUUUUGACUCGAGCUGGAAGUCGGGCGCAUUUGGCUAAUAACAGUAGUUUAAUUAAUGAAGACCAAGAAGAUAAUGCAAAGGUGAUUGAUUUAACUGGUGGUCCAAGAACAUCCACAGAUAAUGGCUUGAAAAAUAAAAGUCAAUCAUUUUUACAACAACAACGUGACCUAAUGAUGCGACAAACAUCUCAAUCCAAUGAUAUUUCACUUUUAGCAAAUCGGAAUACACAUGUUACUCUUCCUUUAGUUAGAACAUAUUCCAGUCCUUUAGAUGCUACCGUAAGUACAGGAGGCAUUAACUCUGACACAUCAACAUCAUCAUCAUCACCAUACCUUUCAUCUACUAGCCUUAAUUCUUCUGGCACUAAACUAUCAGCAAGUCCACACCGGCCUAAUACUGGUCUAGCAUUUGACAGUUUGAUGUUGAAACAUGCUUGCAAAUGUGGCAACAACGCUAUACAUCCAGAACAUAGUGGACGGCUUCAAAGUGUUUGGGCUCGAUUGAUUGAAACAGGAUUAGCUAGACGAUGUGAUAAGUUGAGACCACGCAAAGCUACAAUCGAAGAAUUACAGACAUGCCAUACUGAACCACACACUCUUUUAUUUGGUACAAACCUUGCUAGUCGUCAAAAAAUGGAUAGUUCUAAAUUAGCAGAAUUGCCAGUAAAAGCAUUGGUACGAUUGCCUUGCGGUGGAUUAGGUGUAGAUUCGGACACUACUUGGAACGAAUUGCAUACAGCACCAGCUGCUCGUAUGGCUGUUGGUUGUGUUAUUGAUUUGGCUUUUAAAGCUGCCCUGGGUGAUAUAAAAAAUGGCUUUGCUAUUGUCCGUCCACCUGGUCAUCAUGCGGAAGCUAAUCAAGCUAUGGGAUUUUGUUUUUUUAAUUCAAUUGCUGUUGCUUGUCGUCUGUUACAACAAAGACAAGCCGUACGACGUAUACUUAUUGUUGAUUGGGAUGUUCAUCAUGGUAACGGUACACAACAAAUUUUCUAUGAUGAUAGAAGUGUUCUAUAUUUAUCUAUUCAUCGACAUGAUGAAGGUAACUUCUUUCCAGGAACUGGUGCACCUGGUGAGUGUGGAGCUGGCAGUGGUCUAGGAUACAAUGUGAAUAUUGCAUGGAGUGGUGGUCUACAACCUCCACUAGGUGAUGCUGAGUAUUUAGCAGCUUUUCGAACAGUAGUAAUGCCUAUUGCUCGGGAUUAUGCUCCAGAAAUCAUCUUGGUAUCCGCUGGUUUUGAUGCGGCUUCAGGUCAUCCAGCUCCAUUGGGUGGAUAUAAUGUAACCCCUGCUUGUUUUGCUUACAUGACACAACAGUUAAUGCAAAUUGCAGAUGGAAAGGUAAUUUUAUCAUUAGAAGGAGGAUAUGAUCUGACUGCAAUAUGUGACAGUGCAGAAGAAUGUGUACGUGCACUGCUUGAAGAUGAAGUGACACCAAUUGUACAGUCUGAGCUUCAUCGGACCCCUUGUCAAAACGCCAUAAAAACAUUACAGAAAACCAUCGCAAUUCAGUUACCCCACUGGCCUGUGUUAAAAAAACUAGCUCACACAGUAUCGUGCAGUGCUGUGGAAGCUACUUUAUGUGAAGAAAAUGAAACAGUGAGUGCUAUGGCUUCAUUAUCAAUGACCAGGCAUAGAAUCCAAAGUUCAGAACCUAGUGAAGAACCGAUGGAAGAAGACUGCGAGGAUGAUAAAUAG